AUGGAAUCUCAACACGGAACGAAGCAAAAAUACCUCCUGACGGAAUGUUGCAUCGCCUGCCUCACAGAAAAGGGUCACUUGCACGGCGAAAGCGUCACAAUCAAUUGCUACACAGAAUUCAUCGACAAUCGGUUAACGGAAAAGUCGCAGGGGUUUCCUGUGUUGUUCUGCCGUUAUUGUGCCGAAGUUUUGGAACAAUUUCGCGAUUUCAAGUUAAUUUGUCAAAAUGCCAUGACGACGUUGCAAAAACGCGUUCAAGAAAUGCGAAAUCAGGGCCCGAUGAGUGUUGAACCGGCACGUCAGCCUCGAAAAAAGAGAAAAUUGAGCGAAUACGAAGACACGGAAUACUUGGAGGAACAUUUGCCGCCAGAUCCGGAGCCGGUUUACGUGAAGGAAGAAAUCGCGGAGGAGCUGGAAGACAGAUUUGAAGACGAAGGCGUCGAAUUUAAGCAAGAAACGACCGAAAAUGACGAAGAAGAUGAAGAUUAUGAGCCCGAACGAAAAACGCGAAGUAAAACAAAAGCAGCAAAAAAGACGGCAAAGCCCAAAAAAGUCACGGGAAUCAAAAAACUCAUGGAUAAGGCGAUGGAUCGCAUUUACACGAGCAAGCGGAAGGAAGAAGAGGAAAGUGCGGAAGAGCACAAAGACGAAGACGGCGGUUGGUGGGAUCAAUAUUACGAAAAUGGCGACAAUCAAGUGAAAAAAGAGCCUCAAAAUGGCGAUGCAACGUCAAAAGAAACGCGAAAAACGCGUAAAAAACGAACAAAACCCGCAGCUGACGACGACGAUGACGAAGAAGAAAUCGCUCAAGAGACAAAUGUCCCAAUUUGGUGCAAUUUUUGCAACGAAACGUAUCCCAGUAUUCACAGCGAGCCCAAUAACUACACGUCGCACAUCAAUGCCGUUCAUGCGGUACUUGACGACGACGGAAAAAUCGAAUGUACAAUUUGCAAAGCGAAAUCUCGAACGCGUGACACAUUCAGGAGACACUUUCAGAAUCAUCGCGUCUUUGAAAAACCCAAAAAAUGUCCUCGUCCUGGUUGCCCGGAGACAUUUACGUCAGCUCAUGCCUACAAAUUGCACAAAAGACGUCACAAUAUCAAAGCUGCUCAAUGCCCGCAUUGCGAUUUCACGUGCAAAUCGAAGGAUUUCAUCCGAAGUCACAUUUUGGUGAAGCACAUGAACGGCGUUUGGUGCAAAUAUUGCAGACAUGGCAUCGCGUGGGACAAAUGGGAGGAACACGAGAAGAUGGAAAUUGAAAAGAAACAAAAAACUCCGAAAAUUCCGUUCAUGUGUGAGAUUUGCGGGUUGGAAUUGUCGUCGAGGGCGAGCAAAAAUGUUCAUAUGAGAUCAAAACAUUCCGCCAACGAAUGCACUUGCGAACUCUGUGGCUCCACGUUCCAAUCGAUGAUGCACUUGCGACGCCAUGUCCUGUACAAUCACGAAGAAAAGAAAUACGAAUGUGACAUUUGCGGCAGAAAAAUUCGCCAAAAAAGCCAUUUACGGAAGCACAUGGAGUACAAUCACACUGCUGAUCGUUACACAACUUGUGAUGUUUGUGGCAAGACAGUUUACAAACGAGGACUUGCGUAUCACAUAAAAACCAUCCAUGCCGAACACAAACAGUACGAAUGUCAAUUUUGCAAGCGUCGUUUUGGCGUCGAAGAUUCCAUGAAGCAACAUGUCGUGAAGAAACACGGAAAUGAAAAACCCCUCCCGUGUCCCUUGUGUCCCCGAGGGUAUUUUACGAUGCAAGAAUAUCGCAAACACUUGCAAAAUGCACACGAUCAAGUGCCCGGACAAGGCGAGUUUUUGAGCGAUUCGAGAAUUAUCAAAAACGAAGAUGGGCACUUUGAUCUGGGGAACAUUACGGACAUGAGUUGCAUGUUUGGCGACUUUUCGUGCAAGAUUUGCGCGAAAAAGUACAAUAUUUUGUACAGUUUGCGCGAUCAUUUGCAUCAGCAUCCCGAAUGUAUGCCUUUUAGGUGCAACGAGUGUGAUAAGGUUUACUUCCUCGAACGGCAGCUGGCGAAACAUUACGAGAAAAGUCACAAACGAAAGUACGAAUUCACCGUGGAAGGCUUGAAUAACUCGAAAAACAUCAAGGCAACAUCGAUUGCGGAAAAAGUUCUCGAAUGGACAAUCGUUAAUGGCGACAUUGAGACGUGUACGCGAAAAGAACGAGUUCCGCGGAAAAAUUAUCCAGCACGAGGCUCAAAACCGAAAGAUCCUUCGCAUGUGCCAAAACCGAAUCCAACGAGGAUGAAAAAUAUCAAAAUGGAAACGAUUCAAGCGACGACAUCGACAUUCGAACAAGCUCUGGAGCCGGUUGUGCUGCACGAGGAAAUAAGUCACGAAGAGAUUAUUGUUGAUCCGAGAUAUUUGCAACAAGCAACAAUCGUUUAUCAGCAAAAUCUGGGACAUUAUUAGCUUGAAAAAAGUUAUUUUAGGAGUAAAUAAAUAA